UGAUGUUAUGAAACGGAUGUAGUAUUUUGCCGGAUUACUUUUGCAAGUGUUGUUAACGUUAAAUAGGGAAAAAGCACGCUAGAAAAUGUCCAUCAAGGUUGGAGGAGCGUUUCGGCGCUCCGGUGGCAUCGUGUCGGCCAUCGGAAAACAGCUAAAACUGGUCAACCUGAAAGCGGUCCAGCGAAUCACCGUUUCCUUCGAUCCAUUCCACGAAAGCGCGGUCCCGACAAGGGAAUUUUUGCACCACCUCUCGGCACCAAAGAUCUCACAAACCAACCCGACGUGUGUGCUCAAAACGGAAGUGUUCUGCGAUCGGAGGCCACCGAGCGUCGUGUUCCAGCUUAUACCCUCGGUGCAAGCCGAAGCGAAACUGAAAAAGAUUACACUGGACAGUGAGAACCUGUCCACGUUGGAGCUACUCAAGCUGUGCAACAAGCACGUGAGCACGUUGGCCCCGAAGGAAAUCGCGACGAACGUGGUCAAGACCAAGUCGGAAAAGAAGGCCGGUGGUGGAGCGGGUGGCAAGCGCCGCUAG